CAGCACUGGCUACUGCUCCACCAACCCGGGGUUCGCUAUGCACUCCUACAACGAAGGCGUUGAGUGUCUGUAUCACUCGACUGGAGCUGUGCCGUAUCUGGACGCCCGAGCUGAUUGCAUUGGUGAGUGGCCGUAAGUCGCCGGGGUAAUAUGGUGCAUGUCCUGACCGUCCACUAGCGGCGUACCAAAGCUUUGUGCCGCGAAGGGUUUAUCAAGAUUGUUGCCUCCCAAAGGCCCACGGAAAAAAACUCUGCAGUUGUCUGCCCCUAAAUAUAAAGGGGAAACCACCCUACCUACAGAAUUGCAUCCAGUCACGAACUCAUAAUGAAUUUCUACAGUGCAAGUGGGAUUCAAGGAUUUAAACUCUUUACUCCUUCUUGAUUUUCACUUGAAUAUACAUGAUUGCAUGUGUGGUUUCCAUUUAGGGAACGAUUUAGGGCGUAUCAUUUUAUUAUGUAUUCUUGACAUGACGCAAUGUUUAUUUAAUUAUUGGAGAUUCCACUAAUUUUACUAAAAUAGUUUAUGCCUUUUGGGAAUAGAGUUCUUUGCUGUUAUUAUAGUUCAAUGGAAAGAUGAAUAACACUUUUUUUUACUUGACAUACGUUGAUAUCGUUGAUUUGUUUGGAAGUGAACGCUCUUCGUGUUUGAUUCUAACUAGAGACCGACCGAAAGUGAUAUUUUGAUUUCGGCCGAAACCGAAGCCGAAAUUCAGUCAGUCUCUAAUUCUAACCUUAGCCAUAAGAUCCGAGAGGCUCUUGAAAUAUAACUGAGUUAGAGGCGAGAGAAAUAAAAUCCCACUCGCCCUCUUUGGCCAGCUUUUGAUUUUCUCCACGUUACGAACUCAAUGUGUGAAAGGAAAAAAUACAAUUGUACGAUGCGGUUUUUUGUUCCUUGCAAUGUGACGAAGUAUCUGGACCUGGGCUUUUUAUAAGGAGAGCAAGCUGGUUCCCUAGUCAGCACCGGCAGUUGAGUCAUUGUCUUAAUGCGUCCGGGACACCAUCUCCGUAGUUUGAAUUCUGUUGAUUUAACUUGCCUGGGUUAUGUUGGGGAUUGAACAGAACUUUGUCAGACAUGUUGUUUUUUAACUUUUUUUCAGGAUUGAUGUCUUGUACCGUUUUGACAGAAUUGGGGAUUUUAAACAGUCACUUUUUUUGAUAAUUUGAUUUUCUGAAAGAUAUUAAGAACUAAUGAGUUAUUAGUGACAUUUUAAUCGUUCAUCGUCAAUAUCAUAAUUUAAGAGUCAGCCGUGUUCUAAAAAGUGUUUAACUGUAAAUGUAUACAUCACAAAUAUAAAUAGUAAAAUCACGAAAUAAAUACCAAUACUAUGACCAUCAGGGAUGGAAUUAUUGACCAAGUUUUUGAGAGGAAGUGGAGCGUUCGGCUUUCACCACUCAGGUCCUACUUUCAGGAACUCAUUGAUAAAAUGUUAAGGGAGAGCGGACCGCAAUCAGGUUAAGUCGACGUAAAUAACUCAAACAAAUUAUGGGGAAAACCGGGGAAAAGGGGACUUAAUGUUCACGUUUUCAGGCUUUCCUUGUUGUCUGGUGAUCUUUAGUGUUGUAUUUCUUCUCUAUCUAUCUCAUUAAGGAAAUCUUUACCGACCACUACAUUAUUACUUUGUUUUUUUUUUUGUUUUUUCAUUUCAUCGUUGGCGCCACUCAGCCAGGGGAGCUGUGUUGUUUAUGCCCAAGACACGCCCCAGACUAGACGUGUUUUUCUACAUCGCCGGUGUCCUCAAGAGGCAGUACACCUGGAUCGGACUGACGGAUAGGGCCGUGGAGGGGACGUUCGUGUGGGAGGACGGAGAACCAAUCAACGGGUCAACGAUAAAAUGGGCAGUGGGUAGGAAGCAUUCACACGGCGAACACAUUUUUAUACUCUCAACGCUUUAGAAGUGUUCAUAGAACCGGUGUCUACUACCGUUUUGUCUGAACCAACGUGUUUUACCGUCUUGUCACACUUGGUGUCUAUUACCGUUUUGUCUGAACCAACGAGUUUUACCGUCUUGUCACACUUGGUGUCUAUUACCGUUUUGUCUGAACCAACGUGUUUUGCCGUCUUGUCACACUUGGUGUCUACUACCGUUUUGUCAGAACCAACGUGUUUUACCGUCUUGUCACACUUGGUGUCUACUACCGUUUUGUCAGAACCAACGUGUUUUACCGUCUUGUCACACUUGGUGUCUACUACCGUUUUGUCAGAACCAACGUGUUUUACCGUCUUGUCACACUUGAUGUCUAUUACCGUUUUGUCUGAACCAACGUGUUUUACCGUCUUGUCACACUUGAUGUCUAUUAUCGUUUUGUCUGAACCAACGUGUUUUACCGUCUUGUCACACUUGGUGUCUAUUACCGUUUUGUCUGAACCAACGUGUUUUACCGUCUUGUCACACUUGAUGUCUAUUACCGUUUUGUCUGAACCAACGUGUUUUACCGUUUCUCUAUGUACACAAAAUGGGAUCAUCUUAUUGCAAUUAAGUGUUUAAAGUACAGUCCAGAUAAUUGACAAUAAGUAGAUUUAUUUGGAUGGUCUGCGGUAAUCCAUGCUUUUAUUUGUAUAUUAUUUGGCUGUCGUUUUCCAAUUAUGUUGAAUACUCACGAAAACGUAAUGUCUGACAGAGUGGCAGCUUUGACUAGAGGAAUAAAAACAAAGUAAUGAAAUUUAUUUAGCUAAAAUUAACUAAUUCAUAAGUUGAACAUUUAGGCAAAGAUCAAAGCAAUAGAUUUGUUGCUUUCUUUUAAACAUUUGAUUUUCUAUAGCUUUUAACACCAUCCUAAUGCCAUUAUGCUAGUUAUAACGGUGAUAUUAGUUUAAUUUUGAGUUAUCGUUACAUCCAUACAUACAUCAUAGAGCCAUUAUUCCAAAGAUCCAUACAUCCAUAUAUCCAUAUAUCCAUAUAUCCAUACAUCUAUAAAUUAUACAUCCAUAUAUGGAAAUAUAUUCAUACAUCCAUAAGUCCAUAGAUCCGUAUAUCCAUACAUCCAUACAUCCAUGUACUCACACACGCAUUAAAAACUCUUUACUAAUAUCCCAGGUCAACCUGACAAUAACCUGGGAAUCGACGACUGCUGUGGUACGGACGAUUAUGUCAAGUAUGCAGGACUCAAUGACUACGAUUGUACCAGCUCAGCUUUUUACAUCUGUCAACUUGGACCUUAGUCCUUAGCCCCCGUAUCACGUGGACCACAGACAAACACUCGUCCCUCUCAUCCUGAAAGCGGUAUUUCAAGAUUUCAGGCCGGAAUUGGUCAACAAGUUCGAGUUGUGCAAAUCGUAGGAUGGAGCCAUUGAAAUGUUUGGCUGUGAAAAUCUUUCUUUAUCUCUCUCUUCCUCACUCUCUCUUUCUAUGUUUAUUCCUCUCUCUCUGAAUCGCUCUCGUUCCCCC